ACAUUUUGUUUCCUGUGAUCUUCUAGGUCGUAUUAUCUCUCUCUGCUGGCAUCCCUCUGGUACAUUGAUAGCUGCUGGCAUGAUGGACAUGAUAAAAAUCUUUGAUGCUGAGUCGGGCCGUGCCACACACAGACUGCUGGUGGAGAGAGGAGUCGGAGCAUCAAAGAGUAGAGAGGUUGUGGUUUGGAGCAUCGCCUUCCUGUCAGAUCACACUAUCAUAAGCGGUGACUCGGCAGGAAAGGUCCAGGUCUGGGAUGGACUCACAGGGACUCUGGUCAGAACCCACCUAGUCACCAAGUGGGACGUUCUGGCCCUGUCUUCUUCCCAGGACGAGAGCAGCGUGGUAGCCGGGACGUCAGAGGGCACGGUGGUCCAGUUUCAGUUCCUCUCCUCUAAUGUUGGCCAGCAGGAUAAGGAAUGGGUCCGAACAAGGACCUUUAAAAACCACUCCCAUGAUGUGAGGGGGCUCGCUCAAACCGACACAGCUGUGGUUUCUGGAGGUAUGGACACCCAACUGGUAGUGCGCCCCCUUUUGGACAAGGUGGAGAAGAACACCCAGGAGUCAGCACUGCGCAAAAUUGCUUUCCCACAUAGAAGCCUGGUUUGUUGUGCAAAGAAAACAGGACUGCUGCUCUUCCAGUUCCCCGAUCAUUUGGAGCUGUGGAGACUAGGGGAGAGUAAUGGACAUGGAAGUCCUGGUGACAGUCUGCCUGUGAAGAGGAAACCAGAGAAGCUGAUCCAGCUGAAGAGGAAGGUGUGUACUAAUGUUGUGUAUCUAAACCGAUCAGCCAUAACAUUAUGACCACUGACAAGGGAA